AUGGUCAACAUCAAGUAUGAACGAGUGAAGCAAACGACGGAUCAGGAAGGAGCCGGCGGCGGGCUGGAGGAAGAAAUAGAGCUCGAAACCAACAGACGAUCGGACCACGGUCAGUACCACCAAAGCAACAACAGCCUGCACUUACGCGGACGGUGGCGGGGCGAUACGCGCAAGAAGCACGCCUUCACGAACCGGAUCGUCGUAACGCUCGUGCUGAUCGUUUGCUACUUUUCCCUCUCGAUCGGGCUCACCUUUUACCAGCGGCAUCUGCUGCAGCACUUUAAGCUACCGCUGUUCGUGGUACUGUACCAUCUGGUAAUCAAGCUGCUGCUGGCGGCGGCCGUGCGCGCCGUGCUGCGUUGUGUGACGCGCAAACCGCGCAUCCUGCUCGACUGGCGGACGUCGGUGCGCAAGAUACUGCCCACCGGGUUGGCCAGCGGGAUCGAUAUUAGCUUCUCGAACUGGGGUCUCGAGCUGGUCAAAAUAUCACUGUACACAAUGACCAAAUCCACAACGAUCGUCUUCAUAUUGAUAUUUGCCAUACUGCUGAAGUUGGAGAAGAAGAGCUGGUCGCUUGGGGCCAUUGUCGUCAUGAUCUCCGGUGGACUGUUCAUGUUCACCUACAAAUCGACCCAGUUCGAUGCGCUCGGCUUUUCCUUCCUGCUGUUUGCCUCCCUUUCGAGUGGCAUCCGUUGGACGUUUGCGCAGCUGAUCAUGCAAAAGUCGAAGCUCGGUCUGCACAACCCGAUCGAUAUGAUAUUCCACAUGCAGCCAUGGAUGAUACUGUCCGUACUGCCGUUUACCAUCGGAUUUGAAGGACGAAAGCUUCUCGAAGGUUACGACCUGGUGCAGCAGCUACCGUCGGCUGUGGUGGUCGAUAUGUGGGCCAAAAUUUCCAUCGGAGCGUUCAUAGCGUUCGCGAUGGAGGUGAGCGAGUUUAUGGUCCUCACCAACACCUCUAGUCUGACCCUGUCCGUUGCGGGCAUAUUUAAGGAAAUUUGCCAACUGAUACUCGCGGUGGAGUUGAACGACGAACAUCUCAGCACGGUCAAUGUACUCGGGCUGGUCAUGUGUCUGGGCGGUAUCUGCUGCCACGUGGUGCACAAAUUCCUAACCUACCGGGAUGAAACGACCAAAUCGGCGCUCUCCUCGCUAGACAAAUCCACCGGUGGGUACCUCGAGGACCACGACGACGAGGACGACGACAUGCGCCCAUCCGGUGGUGGACUGGUAGGCAAAAACGGUAGCCUCAAGUUCGGCAAUGGUGGCACCGGGGGCAGUGUUGGUGGUGGUGGUGGUGGUAGUGCAGCUGGAGUACGGUUCAAGGGUGGCCAGUACCGACCGUUGCUGGUGAACGAGGCACGCGACGCGGACGACUCGGACCAUCUGGUGGUGGAGAACCGGAACUACCUGUCGGACGACAGCGAGCAGGAGGAGAACAGUACGCAGGACGUGCUGUUCGACAUACUUAAGCGCCGCGAGCGAUAGUCAUUCCAAGGGAGGGAAAAAGAAGGGGUUGGGGGGUGUAAGGGUAUGAUUGUUGGAUAGAGCAUUUUUUAAGUUGUUAUUUGUUGUAGUUUUGAGUAAGCGUAAUGCUGCUUCAGGGCGCUCUGCUUCUUUCCGUGUAGCAGACAUUAUUCCAGUCACUUGAAUUGUAUAGUGUACCAUUAUUACUUAAUUUUGAAGCUACCAUGCAUUUCAGCAAAAACAAGUAUUCACAUUUCCAUGCCAUAUACAUGUCGAUGUGUGUAGGAAGCCGAUUUUAAACAGGUUGUUUUUUUAUUAUUACUGGGGGUUUGUUUUAUUGUCAACGCUUAAGCGGGGUGUGCCACGUGGGCACUAUUUUGUGCAUUAAGCAAAUGUAUGUGAUGUAUGUUUUUUUCGUUCUUUUCUUUGUUUGUGUUUUAAUUAGACUGAAUUUAAAAUUAGCAAAGCUUAGUUAGUGUAAGGAGUGUGUGAGUUAGCACAUAAGCGGCUUACCGAAUGACUGAUGCGCAAGGGGUUUGCCGCUUACGGUAUAGUUUGUGUACUACUACUAUUACUACUACUACUUACCCCUUUACACUCUGUUACCUACGUGAUGUCUGUGUGAGACUAUCGACUAGCAAAUUCAAACACUAUUCCAAGCCAGUUAUCAAUUCCCUUUCAACCUUUUACCAGAAGUACCGAGAACCUCCAGUGAGGGCACCUGAGUGAGUGGAACAUAGUCAGCGGUCAACGCAGUCAAUCCCCCGCCGGAUUUUUAUUACUGUAGAGAAGGAAUUAAGUUUGCCGGUACGAAAAAUAAAACGUACCUUAAUUUUGUACGUACACCACUUACCUCCUACUGGUGGUCGAAACUGAUGCAGACAAAAAACACAAAGAUAAUUAAACACUUAACAAGCAAUCAAUAGGAGGGAACUCAACAAAAUGGGGGAACAUAUUCAAAAAAAAAAAAAA